ACACCUGUCGUUCGCAGAGCUAGUGUCAACCUACACUUUACCUGUCAGAAGCAGAUUUUAGCAAAGAAUGGUCGCGGUAUAAAAGAACAGCGUCUUCAGGUCGUAAACUCACAUCGUGUUCGUGGAUAUAUACCGUGGUACAUUUAGCUAGUGCGAUCGACAACUGCAGCAGAUUAACAAUAAUUCAUUUAUCAAUGGCUAACUACAUCACUAUCGCUAUUAUUGUCGGGAUUGUUUGUGGACAAGCAUUGAGUGUCGAGGAUGUCGAUAGAAAUCUUCUAGAACUGAAUCUUCCCUAUGGUAGAGGUUUGGAUAGUGAAUUGCAAUUGGCUAGAUUGAUGUUGGCAGCUCCGCGAUUUUGUCAUCCCAAACGCAAUUCCGAGCUUAUAAACUCGCUACUGGGUCUACCGAAAAAUAUGCACAAUGCUGGGAAAUGAAAGUAAUCUGACUCUAAAAGAUAACAGCGCAAAGCUUAAAAUUUGC